CCGGUCAGGGCCAGUUGAGUCGCAACCGCCGCCGAGAGCAGAUCCCGUCCUCCUCGCGUGCGCUGGACUUCUCAAAGGACUUUCCACGAUGGAUUAUUAACUGUGUGGGCCUUGGAUGCGUGCGUGCUUUGCCGGGAAUGAAAAGGAAGGGAAAUAAGGAUAAAUCAGAAUUAAUGUGUGCCAUGAGGAAGUGACUCCCUGACCUGGGCAAAUAGGAUCCUAUAGAUAGGAGUAUUCAAGACGCCGGGGAAUCAUCGCACAGGAUCCGAAUCCUCCUUUUCUAACCACAAAACGAAGGUCUCCCCUCCCGCGCCCCUUCGCAGCCCUGCAAGAUGGUGUUUCCAGGAAUCGUACGGAAAAUCAACAAGAACUUGACGACUCUCUUGCAGGUCGUCCUAGUCAUCUGCGUCAUCCAUUUCAUGGGGCAGAAUGUGCUGCUGCGGGUGCAGAAGAAGCUGCACCUCGGCCGCUUCUCCGCCAUGAGCAGCACGACGCCGCCGGCCCUGAGCGCAAGCGCCGCCGGGGGCCGAGGCAGCGGAGGUGGAGCGCGCCCGCCCCAAAGGCUCGGUGGGGGAUUCAGUCGGAAGCCCAAGUCAUUCCCGUGCCCCCGCUGGCGGAUGACGUCAUGGAGAUGGAGCACCAACGGCGCCUCGACAUCCUGCAGCGGGCGUGCGAGAGAUGGAACUUCGGCAUGUACUCCACCAGCAGCGGCAGCCGGAACGUGUCUGAGAGCGAGGGCGCACUGCUGGACACGAUGCCGGCGUCUCCGCUGUACCAGGUGCUCCUCGUGUCCGAGAAGCAGAACCUGGCCGUGUGCCCUGUGGCCAGGAGCGGCAUCCAGUGGCUGUCCCGUCGCCUCCUGCAGCUCACGGGGAAGUUCGAGGAGUACCAGCUGCACCGACUACACGAGCCGCCGUCCGUGAUCGCGCGCCACAACUACCCGUACCUGAGUUCGUGGGAAAAGUACCCGAUCGUGUUGACCAAGACGGUCAAUAUCUUGAUGGCUCGCCACCCGCUCGACAGACUGCUGGCGUCCUACCGCUACCUGCUGGAGGACCCAGAGAGGAACCCCCACGGCUACCUGCACUACGGGCGCCGCAUCGUGCGCAGUUAUCGCCUGUCGCCCGGGCACGGCAAGGCGCCCAGCUUCGAGGAGUUCGUGCGGUUCCUUUUGGCGCGAGACAUGACCCACGUGGAGGAGACGUGGCAGCCCGUGAUGCGGCGCUGCACGCCCUGCCACAUCCCCUACAACACCAUUACUCACUUCGAGACGCUCUGGCACGACGUCCAGUGGGCGUGGAAGCGGGCGGGGCUCGGCUCCCUCAACACGACAGACUUUGUGCAGUACCAACUGACGCCGGAAGUCCGUCGGCAGUACUUCUCCGAGCUGACUCUGGCGCAAGUGCUGCAGCUUUACCAGAAGUACAAGCUGGACUUCGAGCUUUUCGGAUACACUCUGGACGAGCACAUGAGCUACGCCCGGCCGGGGGACGAGCCCAUCGACCCCGCUGUCAUGGCCGAGGUGCCGCACCGCGAUCCCGACCACCUGCAGAGCCUGAUUCAGGACAUGCUUGACCGCGUCUCGGUCGCGGGCGACGUGGGCCAGGCGCCGCCCCCGGGGUCCUCCAGCAGGAGCUCCGUAAGGGCGGAGGGCCUGGAGGGCGAGGAGAACGUGGCUGCCCCGGAGGACUACGACGUGGCCGACGGUGCCCCGCUGCCCAGUUCGGACCAAUAGACGCAGUAGUGAUAGGUCUCUCUCUAUUUAAAGGCAUUAUUAAGUGUACGAUAUUUUCACCUGGAACGUUAUUUAUGUCAUACAUAAUUUAAGUUCAGAAAAUAAAUAUUAUCUGGA